UUUUAUAUUUCAAUAUCACAAUAAUCUUCUAGAACUACAAGUUAAAAAAAGAACUAAAGACAAAUAAAAUACACUUUAGCUAAAUACUGAAGUAUAAGGACAAAAGAGCCGCAGGUUGCCGACCCCUGUUCUAUACAGAAGUUUAACUGGAACUUUGACCACUAGGGGGGAGUGUUUUACCAUUAACAGUUCUAAUUGUUUGACUGUCAGAUGUGAGCUGUAGAUAUUAUUUUAUAUUUCUUUUUAGCCCUACCCACCUUUUUUCAAGGUUUCUGUUACAGGUUUCUGUUGUGGAGAAGAAUGUUUUCAUAUUUAUUAGAACUGUCAAGAGAGGUCAUCUUGUGCCCCAUUAUGCAACAGCAGCAAUGAUGGCAAAGAGUCGCACAGCGCCUGAUGCAGCGCCUGAUGCAGCGCCUGAUGCAGCGCCUGAUGCAGCGCCGUAGUUCUUGUGGUGAAGAAGGGUCUAAACGGUUCUGUGUUGACUACUGCAAGAUGAAUGAAGUGUCACCGUUUGAUGCUUACCCCAUGUACCGGGUCGAUGAGCUCCUUGACCGGUUAGGCACUGAUGCUAGAUUUAACCAAGGGCUACUGGCACUUGCUAAUAAUACCACUCAGUCUGUUUUGUUGCCACAUUAAUUUCACCCUCCGUUGAAUUCAAUUGAAUUCCUCUUUCCUCUAAAGGGAACAUGACUUCUGGAACAAUGUCCUUUGGACAGAUGAGAACAAAGUGGAGAUGUCUGGCCAUAAUGCACUGCUAUAUUUGGAGAAAACUAACACAGCAUAUCAAGACAAACAUCUCACACCAACUUUCAAGCACGGGCGAUGAUUUGGGCUUAGUUUGUUGGUGACACCACGGCCCGUUGUUAAUCAGUGUAGCUUCAGUCAUUUUGCAGAUGUACUGUUUAUAAGGUUGGGGAAACCUGCAGGAAGCUUAGGUUGAAGAAGUCACUUGGAUGAAUGACAGAAUAUUUGUUCCACUGAAAACGCAAUGUUCACUUGAACAGAAUCAACUUUUUAGGAUUUCCUUACCUGGAUCAUUGAGCAUGCAUUAAGACAUUUUAACCAACUUUGGGAAGGACUGCCUAAAGCUAGUAUGUGAGCAUGAGCAAACUUAACAUAAGAGCGCUGACUACAGAAACCACAACAAAAAUCUUCCAGAAGGCACAGAGCCAGCUGCUCAAUGAACAGGUGAGACAAACAAGUUUUACCAUCGAUGUGUUAAAUUCAAAAGCGGCUCCGAUUGAGACUUACAGUGAGUCUAGAUGAGAAUACCCUUCAAAUGGUGUUUGAAUUCAUUGAAAAGGCUCAUCCAGCACAGCAUGAACAGUCUAAGACCAGGCAACAAAGCAAGUUUGACUUACUUGUUGACAUCAGCAAAACACAGAGCGUAUUCUCAGCCGCUAGAUGAGAGAAAGAUGCCACACUGAGGAUGUGGAUACAUGAGCAUGUUUCUGGCAGACAAGUCACUCAAGCAGUGAACAACAUUCUCGCAAAAUGACUGAACACUGAGAAAAAUCUCACGAGUGGAAAUGAUCACAGCCACAAAAUCAGCAAUUUAAAAAAAACACAGUGCAGAUGUGAAAGCAGAUGUGGAAGUUUUGGCCUAUCGCUGCAAUGCAAAGCCCCCAGCCCUCACAUUGCUUAGUAAAGACAACAACAUUGUCGUCCUUCUGUCAGACAAGGGUUGGUGCGCAGUUUUGCUAAACCAGAAAGACUAUCAUGGGAAAAUUAUGAGCCCCUGAAACGAGACCCAGGAAGUAGUUACAGGAAGAUUGUCUGAAACAGGACGAUGCUAUUAACCGGACCUCAUACCACAGGCUAUAACCAGGGGAAACUGCACCAAUUCUGUAUGGUUUACUGAAGAUACUGAGAACAGGUACAAGGGGUGUACCUGUAAGAUCAUAUUGUUUAUUUGAUCAACUUGGUCAUCUAUAACAUCUCAAAGUUUCUGGCUUUGAUCCUCAACCUGUUGGUAGUCAGCUCUAAACACCACAUUUCUGGAUUUUUCUGAGAAGGCGAGAGACGUCAUUAUGGAGGCAGAUGGUUUCGUAUGAUGUAACAUCUCUCCUCACUUGUGUUCCCGUCAUUGAAGCAGGAUGAGAUAACAGGAUGACUCCAACUCAGCAACAGAACCACUCUCAGCGUAAUGUGUAACAUAAUAUAUGAAAAGUAUUAUACAACAAAUUAUCAUAUUACAUCCUUUAGAAAGCUACAAUGAACAUGGUUUACUUUGCUAUGGCUAUCUGAAGAUGCAAGUGUAUAUACUGCCCCACUCUCUUUAGGUCCUUUCUGGACUCUAUAUACCCUACAGUAUAUUUCACUCCACAGAUCUCUCAUACUCCUCCCAGCCAUGCUGUGCAGAAAUACUAAUUAGCCACCUUUCAGUGGUGCAUCUCUAACAUGUUGGUCAAAAUUCUUUUUUCUGUGGUCAGCAGUCAUUCCCUAAUUCCUUGAAACAUAACGUGCAGUGGGAUUUGGUGCUCCUGAAUCCCCACAUGAACAUCUCUUGCAAUGGGGUCGACGCAAAAGAACAUACACUGGCCUGCAUAAGAGUGUUAUUAUAACACUAGCAUAGCUGGGGCUGAGAUGAAUUCUAGUCUCUCUGAACACGACAGAGUAUGCAGCAAACUGAGGAGAGUCCUAUUAAAACACGUGCACUGGCCAUUUCCUGGCUUGAUGGUAAAUAUUACGAAAGCUGCUGGAUGAGGCAGCUUCCAAAGCUGUGGCCCAAGAAGCUUUCGGCAAAGUGUAAUGAACAGCCAAAAUUAUAUUUGGUUGAGUGGCCUUGUCAACAUUAACAAAGUGGAAUCCACUCACACCACCACCUGUAUUGUACUUUGAUGAAUUCUGAAUCCUGACUAAAAAUCAGUCUAAAAUUAGCUAAGAGAGCUAGGUCAAGUAGCUCAAUAGUGCUCUGACUCUUUGUCAGUGCUCUGACAUGUGAGACCGUUCAAAUGCAAAACAUUUGCAAAACAUAGAAACUUAAGGGGCUGGCAGUGUCAGGAAACUCACAGAAAGUGCAAAUUAAGUUGUUUGGAUGACCCAAAUUUGGGUGUGUCUUCCUUCAUGCAAACAUUGACGAACACUCAUUAAAGUUCCAAAUGUUCUCCUUUACCAGACUAAAUCCAGUAUGUUAUUUGUAGUACUCUGAAGAAAACUACGGAGAAAGUAAGUCCUCUACUUGCCAGCUGGUGUAUACGAGCAAUUAAUGUCAUUUGUUCAAUUUCAUAAUCAAUGUGACAUUUCAAGGAGACAUGAAUGGCAUGGAUUAUAUUUGGAUCUUCACAGGUAAGACAAAUUACCUUUUACUAAAUGUAUUUUCCCAUAUAAAGAAUCAAUGCCAGAUAUUUUAUUGUUUUAAUCUAUCUAAAACCCACACCAUGAACCACAAUUAUGAAGGAAAAAAGUGCACAAUCACAAAAUGUACUCUUCUUUUACUCAUAACCUGCUUUGCUCACUUAGAGAUGUUGUGGAAUAUUAUCUUCCCUUAAUUCUUUCCUCUUUGGGUGCCUAUUUUGAAAAAUCAAGAACCCGUUCCAAUCUCAUGGUCCUGGGUUUGACCAAAUGUUUUGUUUUUUGUUUCGGGCUUAUAUUAUCUUUCUUUUGGAUGUAAGAGUGUUUUUAGGCUCUAGUAUAUUUCUCCUCUGUUUCCUCUGUUUCAGUCAAUGAAAAUGUGGGUUUUGCUGGAAAGACAAAUACGAGUGUCUUUCCUGCAAUGCUUCAAAGGCUCAAAUCACAUAAUGAGGCAUUAACAGUCAUGUCAUUUCAGAGCCCUGUUUAUCUUUGUUCACGUGAUAUUCUGAAGAACGAUCGACACGGGCUUCGUUUGGACACGCUCCCUUUGUUCAGCACAGGGCUUCAGUGUCAGACAUAAUAUCCACUAAAGAGUUGCAUGUCACUCUACACUCACACAUACCAGCCAUCAGCUCGCGACAGUUACAAACACGUUUGUGCAGUGGCUUUUUUGGGCUUUGCUGGCAAAUAGUUGACUGGAAAAGACGCCUCAGCUAUCAGAGUAGUUCAGACUUACCACAUUACAGUCCAACCGCAGGUGGAGGGACUUGAUGUUGAAAUGAUAACAAAUACAGCAGAAUUAGAAAAUGUGCUGGAUAAUGCUGAAAUCUGAAUCCCAAUUUCAACAAAAAACAGCAUCGGGUGAAAUAAUCAUUCUACAGUUGUUAUGUGAAGAAGACUUUUUUCAUUUUCUUUCUCUUUUUUUGGCACUUUUAUAAACAGUUGUGUCGUCAUCUUUCACAUUGCAAACAAAACUCAGCAAAUGAGAUAAAUAAUGCAAAGUAAUGCAAAAUAAUGCAAGUUGUAGGGUUGAGUGUUUUGCAGAAUUUGGUUGUUGACCAAAAACACUAAGCAUAUUACCAAGUCCACAUUGUAAGAUGUAAGUAUUUUAUUAUUAUAAUUAUUAUUAUUAUUUUAUAUUUUGCUUACCUUUUAUUAUUUAAAGUAUUGAUGACAUCUUUUUCAGCAGUGAUGUCUUUGAGAAUGCUGUUAACCUAUUAAAGCAGCUCAUGUAGGGGAGAGUGGUAUGUCAUGAUUCAUCAUUAAGACGCAAAUUCAGAACACAUUUUAACGACCACUGAAUCACUGUGAUUUUUACUUUCCACAAUAACCAUCUACCAACAAAACAUAUUGUUAAACUUUUCAUGUAUUUUUUGGAGGCCUAGAAUGUGCCUGUCUCUAAAGAACUUUUGUUCAACAUCUGUUAUUGACACUGAAUCUGUUAUGCUAGUAUCAAUAUGAUGUCAAUCGACACUAUAGAUAUUUGGAUCGACCCUCCCACCUCUGCUGUUUAUAUAGUCUUUAAAAGGGAGAAAAACUAAAGCUCUUUAAAUACUUUAUGUUAACAGGUAUUUUCUUCUUGAUGGAAUCUGGUGCACCAACAGGUCAUCUCCUCCAAAACCUGGCACUGAAUCAGAAUGCUGUACAGUCCUCAAACAAUGACAGCCUGGGUUUUGCUGACAAGGCAGUUGAUGGCAACAGAGACUCGAGCUAUCAAAGAGGGUCCUGCACACUUACCACCUCACAAUCUGAUCCCUGGUGGAGGGUAGACCUGAAGAAAGUGUACACAAUCGGCGCUGUACUAAUUACCAGUACAGUAGAACUAGAAAACGGGCUGGAUGGUGCUGAAAUUUGGAUUGGAAAGUCAACAGAGAUCAAUGACCAUGAAAGCAUGAGGUGUGCUGUGAUCUCUCACUUUCCCAGUGGACAGACAUUUUACUUUCCCUGCAGGUCUUUUGAAGGACAAUACGUCACAGUGUUUCUCCCUGGAAGCAAGAAGAUCCUAAGUCUCUGUGAGGUUGAAGUGUACUAUGGAUACCCAUCAUCCAAUUUAGCACUUAAAGGAGAAGCUACUCAGUCAUCUACGCUCUCUUUUGCUGCUGCAUCCAAAGCCAUCGACGGUAGACGGAACUCGUUCUAUACCAAUGGGUUCUGCAGCCACACUGCUGAAGACGAGACCGACCCCUGGUGGCGGGUAGACCUGCAGCACAGCUUUACAAUCACUACUGUAAAAGUCACCAACAGAGGAGAUUGCUGUGCUGAAAGACUGGAUGGAGCUGAGAUCCGAAUAGGGAACUCACUGGAGAACAAUGGAAACAAUAAUCCCAAAUGUGCUUCCAUCUCCCACAUAAAAGCGGGUAAAACCUACACAUACCAGUGUGACGGAGGCAGCAUGGAGGGUCGCUUUGUGAACCUGUUUCUUCCUGGACAGAAGAAAACUCUCACCCUGUGUGAAGUGGAGGUGUAUGCUGCCCGAGUGGAACCGCUUCCAAAUGUGGCCUUAAACAAAGAAACAGUCCAGUCAUCGACUUGGUCUGGGACAGAAUAUUGGGCCUCAAAAGCUGUCGAUGGAUGCAGAAAUGGACAAAUGCCACAAGGAUGCUGUACCCACACUUCACCAACAGAGGACUCUCCCUGGUGGCACAUAGACUUGUUGGGUCUCCAUGAGGUCACUGCUGUCACCAUCAUCAACAGAGUCGAGAGUACAGCUUACAGGCUUAUUGGGGCGCAGAUCUUGAUUGGGAACUCACUGGAUCAAAAUGGAAUUAAAAACUCCAUGUAGGACACGAUUUCUCCAUAAAUUUUUAUGAUUUUAUUUUUCUCAUUUAAACAACAGCACAUUAUUGUUUAGCCAAAACAUUUUCUUUUGUAGAUAAAAUAAGUUUGAUGUUUGUGUAAAUCUAUCAGGUGUGGCACUAUCAAUUCAUUAGGGAGUUCCCCAACACACACAUUCCAGUGUAAUGAAAUGGAAGGUCGCUACAUCACUGUGUUCUUACCAGGACCUCAGAAAAUACUGACGAUGUGUGAAGUGGAGGUGUUUGCUUCUCUCUCUGGUAUGGCCGUGGUGUGUUUGUUUCUAGCACCAUAUGUUGUGGUUGCAUGUGCUUGCUGUUGCUUUCUAUAUUGUCUCUAUAUUGCUUUCCACCUCUCAGUAUUCAUGUUUUAAUUUGGAGCUGAAAGCAACCUUACAAUUCAGCCUGUUAAAACAAAAUGAAAACAACCAAACAUGGUUGGAACAAACGCAACCUGUCAAGAUUUUUCUUUUCAGCCCCCAAAGCUGUCACUCCUCCACCAACUCCUCCACCAUCUCCUCCCACUGUGAGCGUGCUGCUGGGCGAAAGGAAUGUGAUGGUUGUGGGAAAGAGGCUUUGCUGGUCUGAUGCUCUGAUGUACUGUAGACAUUAUCACUGGGACCUGCUCAGCCUUCACAGCCGACAGGAGCAAGACGAGUUGGAGCAGCUGCUGGGCAGCCUUCCCUUCACCCUCACAGACUACAUCUGGCUGGGACU